AUGCCUUACUCUCAGCAGUCAGAGGCUCGCUUGCUCCGUGCAGCAGAUGUUCAUUUUCUCUUCAGGCCCUUGGCCAUUUCGGACCUCUGCAGCUUCAUCCUCUCACCCAUUGAAGAGUGGCCUUCUCAGUAUUUCCCCCUUCCCGUUUAUAAAUUGUCAAAGCCACAAAGCACAUUUUUGGGGAUCAUAGAGGGCUGGGAUUUCAGAAGGGCAUUUGUGCGAUGGCCCCAUUCACCAUGGGAUGUCCCUCCUUGCUGUAUUCUCAAACUUCUAAUAAAAAAAAAACCAAGUGGAAUAUGA